GCACAUUCCGGGCAGGCGCACUGAGCUGCGCGGGGCGGCGGCACUGCGAGUUCGGAGCUCAUGGAGGUGACGGAGCCGCAGCCCGGACCGAGCCCCGCUGCGGGGCCGCAGCCGGGAGCCGAGGAGAUUGACAUGUCCCUGGAUGACAUCAUCAAGCGUCACAGGAAGGAGCAAACAGAUGCCAAAGCUGCAGGGGACGGCCGGAGACAGCAGACCAAGAACAGGAAUUUGGCAUAUGGGUUCGGGCGGCCCCGCUCCCGUGCCUGGAUGCAGAGGAACUUGCAAGGACCCAACCGUUUUAGGAGAGGCUUUGGACAACAACAGAACAACCGACGGCAAUUCAGGAACGCUCUGCCCGGCCCCAGGAGAAGAGCAGCUGCUGCACUGAGUGGAGUGAGCCCUUUAAAUCGCCCAGCAUCAGCUCAGGAGGGCAACAAGAAUGAGGAUGCUUUCCCCAAAAGCAGCAAUGGGCAGCCUGAGGCACGGCGACGGCCACCACCUGGCCCCAGGAGGUUCAGAGCAGCUGCUGCCAGCACCAGCGCCCCAGGGAGAAGGCCCUUCCUGCUGAACAGGGGACCAGGCUUCCAGCAGAAGCGGAUGCAGCAGCGGUUCUCCAAAGCCUACAUCCAGAGAGGGCAAAUGGAUGCUAAUGCAGAAGGGAAACCACCAAGAAUGAGAAGGUGGCAAGUGAAACCCAGCCCCGGAGCGGUUCUGACGGUUUCUGUGGCUAAUCCCCAGGCGAGCCAGACCAACACGCUCGGAGCCAAGCGCCCUUUCUUGCGAAACCAGAGGCCCCCGCCACGUAUCACCAAGCCCCAACCCAAGGGGGUGAUGCUGAGGUUCAACUUUCGUGCCAUGGCCAACCAGACCAGCCUGACGCUGGAUGAGAGGUUCUCUGGGCUGAGGAAUAAGAGGCGCUUUGCAGCAGCCCGCAGCGCCCGCCGGACGGUCACCAUGCCCUAGCAGCACGCACUCAUCAUGGGGACGGCGGGCAGCAGCCCGGGCCCCGUAACAGCUGGCUCAAUAAAACUCGAUAGAUUCCCUCUGAGGUAGCUGAUUCGACAACCUGCUGUCUACUUCCUUCCGUGCACAGUGAGCGAGUGAUUGAGGGCAGGGAUGAGGCGGCACUACAGUCAGGGCUCUACGCAGUGUAGGGAGGUGGUGGAAGGGGAUGAGUGGAGGUGGACUUGCUGUGCUGGGCUCCAUGGAGCGGGGGCCCCAUUCCAUCCCCCUGCCAGGCACCAGAGAAGGGAACAGCAUUGAGUCCUUGGGCCUGCCCACUUGAGAUACCAGCAAAUACACCUUGGCUGUGCCAAGGAUGUGCUCCAUCAUUCUCCACCUGAAAGCCUUACAGCGUGCAGCCAGGACCCCCGCCCAAAAGUUUGCAGUGUAGGACCUUCCCCAUCCUCACAGUGCCUCGCCCUGCCUCGUUAGCAGCCCAAAGGCUCAGUUGGAGCGCCCUGCUAUUCUGAGCACUGAGCAGAUGGGUGGUCUCAGCCCAAAUCUGUGCUUCCAGUGCUGUGUAGGUCUGCACUGGGGUGUUUGCAGGUGCAGCUCCACCCGUGCAUAAUCAUGCUGAUGUGGGAAGGAGGCCAGGCUACACAGCACUUGGCUGAGAAGUUAAUGAGCUGAGAUGAGACGUUUGUUAAUGAAGCCCCGUACCAAACAUGAGUUGCUGAUCCAUUCUCUGCCCACUACUGCAGCCAACACUGAGUGAGCCAAGCACAGCCUGUUACUGGGCCCUAAGCUGUAAGUAAAGAAGUAAAUAUUUGAUAGACUGCUUUACAUUUUACACUGAGUGUCUUUAACAAGAGACCAGAUUCGGGGUUGAUUUUAUAGGAAUGUGUGAAAUGUUGCUAGCUGGUUGAUUGAGCAGUGAUGUAUGAAUCCAAUGCACUGAAUAAAAAACCUGUCAAAUGGCA